AUGGACAAGGUCUUGAUAAUUCUACUUUCACUACUAAUCGGAUUCACGAUAAUCCUUGUUCAGUUUUUCUUGCAGUCUGGUGGACUAAAGUCGAUCAAGAUAUCGAGCAACUCGCCACACUACAAACCAACAUUUUUGAUUUGCGGACCAAACAACGCCGGCAAAACUGCUCUUUUCUUCAAACUAACCGAGGGGGAGUCACAAGCAGGAGAACUUCCCACGGGAACCACUACAACAGUAUCGUCCAUCGAACCCAAUUUCGGCACGGUCGUGCUCCCCAUCGCCACACCGCAAAUCGGCAAGAAGUUCCAAUUGGUUGACUAUCCGGGCCAUUUGAAAUACUGGAAUCUUUUCCGCAAAUUGAUCAAGCAGGAUAUCACCUUGUCGCAGAUCCUAGGAGUGGUAGUGGUGCUUGACUCAAGCAGUGCCCACUGGGCCAAGGAUAGCGUUCAAAUUGAGAAAUUGAGCAAGUUCCUAUACAACUUGUUGGCAAUCACCGAGCGCAAGCAAAAUGGAAUCGAUUUCCUCUUUGCUGUGAACAAGAGCGACUUGUUUGACUCGUUGCCCGUGCACAGAAUCCGGUCCAUUUUGGAGCUGGAGAUCAACAAAUUGAUCAAGAACGAAAUCAACAGCUCGGCCAAGACUUCGGGGAUAGAUGCCCUUGGAGAUGGAGGCGAUGACGGCGAUGACGACGGCGAAGGUAACGGUGCCGGCGACGGUGCAGGUGGAGGAGGAGGAGUCAGUAGAGAGAGCUUGAGAGAGUUUUGGUUGGGUGUCAUUGGAUCCAGCGACGAAGAUGCCGUUUUCACAUUUGACAAGUUGGAAGGCAAUAUGGAUUUCGCCAGUGGCAGUGUGACGAAAAACAAGAUUGGGCCGUGGGAAGGCUGGUUUGACGAGAAGGUUGUCAAUCCUUGA